UCUUCUGCGAGCCAGCCGGACGUUUGCAUCAUAGACGUAGCGUUUCUCCUAGUGAAGUAUUAAUUUACUAGUGUAACAAAAUUUGCCUCGCACUGCAAGAAUUGAGAUAAAACAACAUGACGACAGUUCCAACAAAGAUAGUGCUUAAAAGCACAACACGAAUGUCAUUAAAUGAUAGGUUCUCCAGCAUUGCCCCCAACAUCCAGAACAUCAGAGCUAACAUGGCAGUAGAGCACCAGGUGUCUGCAGCCAACAGGCGUUUGGCUCAGCAGCUGGCCAACAGGCCUGGGCUUCAAGCCGUGCCCACGGAAAUGUUUUAUCAACAGUCCAGAGGAAGAGGUCAAGGAAAUAUGAAUAACCAGAUGAGGAGGAAAAGCCUGCAGCAGAGAUUAGGCAAGACAAAUGUAAAAAACAGACUGUCCUUACCAGCCACUCCACAGAGAGGCAGAGGUAGGGGUCGUGGCAGAGGGAAUGCUGCUGUAGUACAAGCUCCAACUGGAGACAACCUAUAUUUUACAAACAAAACUAGGGGACGUGGAAAUUUCUCUCCAAGAGGAACCCCAAGAGGCAGAGGCACCUUCCGUGGAAGAGGCAGAGGAACAUUCAACAGACAAGGUGUGUAUGAUUUUGCCAGAUUUGAAGAAAACGGUCGCCCUGGAGACAACAGGCGGCGAGGCGGCCGAGGUCGUGGUGGGCCAGACAGAUUCACUGGCCAGAAUACCCAGAACAGACGCGGAGGGGCUGGCGCUGGCAUGAGAGGAGCUAGAGGUCGUGGCAAUAGGCGUGGAGGGAGAGGUCAAGGUCGUGGAGGACGAGGUGGGCGAGGAAGGGGAGCUAACCCCAGUGUAUCAGUGCAAGACCUGGACAGUCAGUUGGACGAGUAUAUGGCCAAGACCAAAUCUCACCUGGACUCAGAGCUGGACGCCUACAUGUCAGAGGCAACUAACUGAGUGUGGUUGUGUGUGUGUAUGAGUGAGUGUGAAAGAUUUUGAUCACUGAUUUCAAUUAUUUUAUUCUGAUGGUUUGUUUUAUAUCUGAUUUGUUUCAUAUUUCAUACCAGUGUAUUAUUUUAAACAGUCUACAAAGCUAAUUUUGUAGCACUCAUUCAUCAGGACUAAAAAAUACUUUAGGGUCUACAUUUUAAAUGCUACAUUCUUAGGAACAUAGCUUCUUACCAUGAUAGGAUACUUACUCUCCUGAUGAAGAGUUUAGCUUUGGCUAGGCUUGUGGAUGUUAGAAUAGACAAGCAUUACUGUAUGAAGGGUUUUGAUCCAAUACUUACAGUCAACACAUUUUCUGAAUGUAUUUUUAUUUAUUGUUUGCAAGGUAGAGUGGCUGCUUUUAUUGUUUAUGGAUGAACACAUGAACUUAAUUGCUAUUACAUUACUGGCAAAAGGGUGAAAUUUUUAAAGAAUUUUUUAACUUGUGUGAAUGGAUCUGAUAUGUUAAUUUUUUUUUUUACUGCUAGUUUCUUCUCUUUUCAAGGUAAUUGAAAGUUUGCUGUAUCAGUCAAAAGUUUGUUUCAUAUUAUUGCUUGAUUCAGUUUUCAUAUUGAGGUUCUGUUUCUGAUUCAUUUUUAGAAUAAGUCUUAAUUGUAAAAAAAAUAUUAACAUACCAUUUCUAAUGUAACUGAAAACAUGUAUAAUGUAUUGUUUGUUGUUAAAGUUCUAUAAUAAGGUGAAGACAAUUUGUAAAUAAUUUCUAACCACUCUGCUAUUAAAUUAGUCAACUAAGUUUAAUAUUUGACUAACCAAACUGGUUGUAUAAAAACAUCUUGAUGAAACAAAAUUUUGUAGUGAGCCUUAGAAAUUAUUCUCUACAUAGUAUGUCACUCACAGUUAUUAAGCCAGUUUGAGCAUGAAUUCUGUAGAAAUCGUUGAGUUCUUCUAGACUGCGAACAUUUUUGGAUUGAAUAUGAAUAUAAAUUUCACCUCUGUACUUAAGAUUUUUAAUUAGGAGUUGUUGGUGUUAAAUAUCAAUAUGAAAAUAUCCAUGUUCAAAUAGUUCUGUUAUUAUAUGUACCAAAAAGAUCAAUAUAUUUUAAAUUAAUAGUAAUUUCAAAAGUUUCUUCAUCAGCUGUUUGGUAAUUACUGAUGGUAAUUAUAAUAUUGAGCUGUUAGAUGUUUGGAUUGUGGCAUGGCACCUCUUUCAGUGUGCCAUUGGUGAAUUCUGAUUUUUUUUUCUGUUGCCUGUUAAGGAGAAUGGCAGUUAUAUUAUGUUUUUUUAAUACUAAAAAUGGAGCUGUCAUUAGCACUUUAAAUCACUGAGGUGUGUAUAAUUAAGCCUUGGAUUUAAGUGUUAGAGUAUUAGAAACAUAGGCUGUUUUCUUGUGAUUUAGAAUCUCCAUUGUCAUACCACCCUCAUAAUAAAUAUCACCAUGAGCUA